GUAUCGUCAAGGAUGGAUCUGAUAGGGCAGCUCAGGUGAUGCAGUCAGACGUGAAUCUUCGUAAGGUAGGUAGAAUUGUCGGCUGUAGAAUCGUCUGUAAUAUUUCUCCGAGUUUGUAAUAACAUAAUAUAUCCAGUGUUAAAAAAAAUAAUGUAGGGGAUUCAGUCAAUUUUUUUUUUUCUAAAUUCGAAAAAGAAAAAGAAAAGAAAAGAGAAAAGACGUUUGGGAAAGAGUUAAUUAAAUAUGUGUUGUAAACAAUAGCACUUGCAUCCGAGAGCAAACGACACCGCAUUACCUUUGUUGAUGUGUCCGGAGAAAUUGUCUCGUCUCCGCAGUCUAAUUAAAAAAAAAAAAAAAGAAGAACAAUGCCCAAAAAGUAAUAAAAGAAGAAAAAAAAUCCAAGGAAGAAGAAGGAAGAAUCCACGAUGUUGGAUCAUCAGUAAUUGAUCCAAAUCUCGACGACCUUCUCCCUUUUCGGGCUACAGUAAGAAGCUAGGGUUCAAGAAAUCCUCCCUGCGAUCGAAUUUGUGCGGCGGCGAUGAAGGCGAUGGAGACUAUACAGGAUCUGAUCGAGGAAGCCAAAAUACGGACCGUAUGGUGGGCCUUGUGCAUCUUCUCCGUCACCUACUUCUUGACCCACACGAGCAAGUCUAUGUGGAUGAAUUUGCCAAUGGCAAUCCUCAUUCUUGGCGCUCUUCGGAUUCUUCUUAAUCAGAUUGAGUUCAGAUGGAAAGUUAUGCCAGAUCCAAGACAGAGCAGGUUGUCUUAUCCCGACAAGAAGCAGCUCUCCUUGAACGAUCCUCGUCUUUCCACUACCCCACCACCUCCUAGGUGGAAGAAGAAAAUCGACUCCCCUGUUGUGGAAGCUGCCAUCAAUGAUUUCAUCGACAAGAUCCUUAAUGACUUCGUUAUUAAUUUGUGGUACUCUUUGAUCACGCCUGAUAAAGAGGCCCCUGAACUCAUCCGUGGAGUUAUCAUGGAUGCUCUUGGUGAAAUUUCUGUAAGGGUUAAAGAGAUCAAUAUCGUCGACCUGCUAACUAGGGAUAUAGUUGAUCUGAUAGGUGAUCAUUUGGAGAUUUUUAGAAGAAACCACGCUGCUAUAGGUACUGAUGUUAUGAAGACAUUGUCAUCUGAAGAGAGAGAUGACAGAUUGAAAUACCAUCUUAUGGCUUCUGGCGAACUUUAUCCUGCACUCAUUUCACCUGAGAGUGAGUACAAGGUUCUUCAGAAAAUAGUCGCUGGCAUAUUAUCUGUGGUUCUCAGACCACGAGAAGCUCAGUGCCCUCUUGUUCGAACAAUAGCUAGGGAGAUUGUUACUUGCUUGGUAGUUCAACCUCUUUUGAAUUUAGCAGCCCCCGAGCGUAUCAACGAAGUGCUUGAGAUCAUUAUCAAUAUUAUUAAAGAGGGAAACUUUGAGCAGUUUUCUGGGGAAGAACAGAGUGUUUACUCUGCCUCAUUGUCAGCCUCCGAUAGCCAAGCAAAAAGUAUGAAUUUGGCAAAAGUUAAUGAGCAGGAAACACCAUCCGUAGACGAUGAAAUACAUCCUGAACUGCGCAUUCAACAGCACUCUGGUGAUUGGGCUCGGAUGCUAGAGGUCGCAACGCAAAGGAGAACCGAGGUUCUUACUCCCGAAAACCUCGAAAACAUGUGGACUAAAGGAAGAAACUACAAAAAGAAAGAGCACAAAAAAUCUCUGAAAACGGGCUCUUCAGUUAGUACUACUACUGGUGCAGAAGAAAAAGCAGUGGUACAUUUGCCCCCUAGAGUUAGCGUUGAUAAGCACUCACUAGCGCAAAUCGAGGAGGAUAUUAGUAGAACAGCUUCAUGUGAAGGUGGGCGCCACAUGUAUGAGGUUGGUGUUAGAAAUGAACCUCCUUCUGAUGGGAAUAAGAAUAGACUUAAGAGAUCUAAUAGUACGUCGGAUCUUUUACAACCUGAAACGAGGCUGGCACUAUUAGGAGUCGGUGAGGGGCCUCUUAUCACAGAUUUCUACACCAGUGCUUACAUCAAGCACAAUGAGAAUCAUACAUGUGAUAGUAAAUCUCCAAACAUCGUUCUUCACAAAGAGAGUCAGCAGUGCUCAAAGCUGAAAUGUCGGGUUCUUGGAGCUUAUUUUGAGAAGCUGUCAUCAAAAUCAUUUGCAGUAUAUUCUAUUGCGGUGACAGAUACGGAAAACAAAACUUGGUUUGUUAAGAGAAGAUACAGUAAUUUCGAGCGGUUGCAUCGCCAACUCAAAGAAAUCCCGAAUUACAAUUUACAGUUGCCCCCCAAGCGUAUAUUCUCAUCAAGCACCGAAGAUGCUUUUGUUCAUCGCCGCUGUAUUCAGCUGGACAAAUACCUACAAGAUCUCUUGUCUAUAGCUAAUGUUGCUGAACAAUAUGAAGUUUGGGAUUUUCUAAGGGAGUCCUCAAAAAACUAUUCAUUUGGAAAGUCUUCAUCGGUGAUGAAAACUCUUGCAGUUAAUGUUGAUGAUGCCAUGGACGAUAUUGUACGCCAGUUUAAAGGGGUCUCGGGUGGCCUUAUGCGCAAGGUUGUAGGAUCUCCACUUGAAGAAAAUGAUCAAGUUCCUGCGCGCCAUCUCUCCUGGAGUGUACAUGACAUAAACACUCAGCUCGCUAAGGAAACUGCAACCGAAUCAAUGCACAGCAGCAUUUCCGAUAAUGAAGACAUUGACAAACUUGGAGAGAAUUCCCAAGGGGAAGGUAGACUUGUUUCAGAAGCUAAUGGGUGGCACUCAGAUAAUGAAUUGGACUCUAAGUGUUUCCCACCAAGAGUGGUUAGACGUCUUGGAGAGCCUGAGAAUGUGCCCUUUGAUAAGGAGAAUGAUUAUAAAGCGAAAUCUGAAGUAAGAGGGUUCAGCGAUUCGCAGCAUGCCGAUCCAUCCACAAGUGUGGCUCAUAGUCCUACUGGCGUACCUGAGUGGAAUCCGCCCAAUGUCAGUGUGCCGAUUUUGAACCUAGUCGAUAAAGUGUUUCAGUUAAAUAGAAGGGGCUGGUUAAGGAGGCAAGUUUUCUGGAUAUCAAAGCAAAUAUUACAGCUAGUUAUGGAAGAUGCUGUGGAUGACUGGCUCCUGAGGGAAGUGUGUUGGCUGCGGAAUGAAGACACAGUAGCUCAUGGAAUACGUUGGGCUCAAGAUCUUCUUUGGCCAAAUGGCGUGUUCUUUACCAGAGUGGGUGACGGUCAAGAGGCAUCGGAUAGGACCGACCCUAGUGAUAAUGCUUUCCAAAUCGCAGGCCAACUUGGUGGCAUGAAGGAGGUUAAACCCAGUUCCUUUGAGCAGCAAUUUGAAGCUUCACGUAGGGCUAGUGAAAUCAAGAAAUUCCUUUUCGAUGGGGCGCCAACAGCCUUGGUGAGCUUGGUAGGGCACAAUCAGUACAGGAGAUGCGCAAGAGACAUCUUCUAUUUCACUCAGUCAAACGUAUGCAUAAAGCAACUAACAUUUGCAAUACUGGAGCUGCUACUCCGAACGGUAUUCCCCGAGCUGAAAGAUCUUCUGAGAGACAUAAGGGAGAACUCAAACGGCCGGUCAGAGUAAUAGAGCACCAUGUUUAUAAUGAGGGAGGUAGCCUAUGAUUGACUUGAACCAGUUGCUCAUCUUUCUCUUUGUUACAGUUUGAUUCUCUUUUUCUUUUUAGUGCUUUUUUGGGGUUCUUUUAAAUAUUCUUCCUUGUGUAUAAAACAUCAAUUUGGGGGGUUUUCUAUACAACAAUGACAGAAGGGUUCUGUAUAUAAACCUUUUGUGUGUUUCUUUCUUUUGCAUUUAUCUUAUUGAUAUGUUGUUUUUGUCUGCAAACUUGGGGAGGUGUAAGUUAUUUGCUACAUCAUUGUUAAGACAUGAAAGUUCAAAAGACCUAUUUAGGAACCUCAGUUA